UGCCAGUUGGGACCCUGGUGGCUGAGGCCAGUGGGUUGGGACGACUACACUUGGCCGCGAUGCACCUCACGUCGUUCGUCUGCCCCAUCUCGCGCGAGGUCAUGCGAGACCCCGUGGUCGCGGGCGACGGCCACUCGUACGAGCGCAGCGAAAUCCUACGCUGGUUUCAGCAGCGGCUGACGAGCCCGGUCACGAACCAGCCUGUCGCGUCGGCGGCGGUCGUGCCCAACCACACGCUCAAGCAAGCCAUCCAGGAAGCCUGCUCCGGAAGAGGCACUGUAAGCAAUAGCCUUCGGCGGCCGUCCGAAACGCUGCCGGAAGAUGGCUACUUUGUCUACCAGCUUCUCGAGCCGAUCCACUUGUGCUUGCAGCCGCGCAUUCCAGCGCACACGGAGCGCGCCAUGCUGCCGAACGGCGCGCCUCAAAUCUUGCCGCCGGGGCAGCUGGUCGUCGUCAACCGGCGCGAGUAUGGCGCCGACAAUGUCAUCUUUUUGCGGCUGCUCGGCUUUGGCAGUGGCGAGCCGCGCUACGUCUACGAGGCGCGCCACGGCGUGGUCAUGGCCACGCGCGUCGACGUCGCGCGCGGCGUCCAGGUGUACAAGGUGCUGCAGCCGACGCGCGUCUCGGCGCAGCCGACCGCAAGUACCGUCGGCGACGUUCUCGCCGUCGGCACGGUCGUUUCGACGGACCUCGUGGUCAGACCAGCGAGCGGGCCAGCGUUUGCGCGGCUCGAGCGCACGACCAAGUGGGUGCGUCUCGCGCAGCUGCAGCAGCUCCCGCUGACCACGGGCCGGUACAUUCUCAAGCUCGAUGCGACGACGAAGGUGUCGACCAACGCCUUGGCGCGCGUGGGCGGGAUCGUCGAGACAAUGGAGGCGCGCGCGGUGGUAGCCUGCCAGAGCUACGCCAUUGACGACGCUCGCAACACGGUGCAUGUGCGGGUCGCGAAGGGCUGGUUCUCGGUGCCACGAAGCGACUUGUAUACGUCGCGGCCGCCGCGGCUCGCCACCGAGCCCGCGGGCCAGAAGGCGCUGCUUGUGCUGCAAGGCGAGUACUACCUGCUCGUGCUCAACGAAGCCCAGUGGGACGGCUCGUUCACGCAGCGCAUCGUGCGGCACCUGCCGGACGACAUGGACCGUCAGAUCGACAACUGCAUUGCAAAAGGCCGGCACGUGACGCACGCGGCCCUCGGCCCGAAGGACGAGUGGUACAUUAGCGGCUCCAAGCCCGACGGGUCCGGCGCCCACUGCUGGUCCAAGCGCACGUCGGCGUUCUUCCAGUCGCAAAUGGCCCCGAACGCGACGGUGGCCUUUGGCGAGCACGGCGCGUUCCUCAUGGCCUUUCCUGGCGGCGCCGCCGCCUCGGACAAGGUCCCCGACACCUUCCACGCCCAGCUCUGCAGAGGCCACCGCCUCAUUUCGCUCGGUUUCCGUCCGCAACGAUACAGCGUCGAUGGCAUCUUUGUCCUCACGAGCGCCGGGCUCACGCACCGAGGGAUGCCCGACUGGCUUGUCGAGCAGGUCGAGCUCGGUGCCGUGCGCGGCUCUGGGAAACUCUGCGGCGUGGUGCUGGCUCAAGACUACUGGGCUCUUCUGCGCGAGCACAACUUCGAGUCGGACGCGCCAACCGCCGUGGAGAAGGCGCUGCGUGCGUUUUACGACCGACAUCGCAACAUGCAAGCCGCCCGAGCGCGGCUCUUGAGCUACUAUGACCGGGUCGCGCGAGGCGCAGACUAUGUUUAUAUUGGGCCCGUGUCGGCGCCGGCCGACACGAGCGAUGAUGACGAUCGGUCCGAGCCUCCAUCGUCGCCUGACGGCCGGUCUGAGCCUCCAUCGUCGCCCGACAGCCGGUCCGAACCUCCAUCGUCGCCCGACGGCCGGUCUGAGCCUCGGUCAUCGUCGGACGAAUCGUCGCGUAGCUCGUCGCCGCGGUCGCCACUGUACCGCCGUCGACGUCUGUACUAACACGAUCGGGAUAUUGUUGCUGUCGAA